AUGAUUAGAGAUUUUGUAUUGCAAUAAACAACAGAGCCAGAGAAGAAAUUUAAUUCUACAGUAUUAAUAGGUAAUUGGUAUGAAGAGAGAUGUGAUCCUAACAGAGAACAAAGCAAAUUUUAUAACGAACGCAAGUUUGCAGAUAACAAUUACUAGAAAUAUACACUCUCUGAAAAUAAAUUCCAAGACACAAGCAACAGCUGGUUAAAUUUCCAAGAAAAUAAACCAGAAGUGAAGAAUGACCAAUUCAUCACUAUGAAUAUGUAAGAAUAUAAAAAGCCAAGUGAAUAAAAGAGAAAUUCUGAACUAAAGCCCUUCAUAGUAAAAAAAUCACACUUUGACAAGAAUCCUCAUGAAUUGGAAGAAUAUAGAGAAAAGUGGACUAAAUCUGCUCAUACUUUUGAUAGAAUGUACUUGGGAACAUAAAAACCUAACUGA